GACUUUGAAGCGAUCGAUGAAGUCUUGGAAUUUAGCAGACGAUGAUUUACUUGUGUCGACAUUUCCCAUAGACCCAGACUUAAACAACUAUGUGAGAGAGGUCAAGGAGGCAGUUUUUUCAAUUGUGAAGCCCAUCUCAUUCAAAACACCUUUGCAUCUUGUUGCUUAUUCGAAGGAAGUACUGGAAGAAAUACUGGAUAUGGACCUUUCCAUAGUGGAUGAAAAAGAUUUCUUAGAUUUUGUGAGUGGGACUGAGAUUUUAAAAGGAUCCACUCCACUGUCACACCGUUAUGGGGGUCAUCAGUUUGGUAUAUGGGCAGAUCAACUGGGCGAUGGUAGAGCAGUUUUACUAGGGGAAUAUGUGAACAGAAAAGGGGAGAGAUGGGAACUUCAAUUAAAAGGAUCAGGGAAGACACCAUAUUCAAGGCAAGGAGAUGGGAGGGCAGUGCUUCGCUCCUCUGUUAGAGAGUUUCUCUGCAGUGAAGCAAUGUACCAUUUAGGCAUUCCCACCAGCAGAGCAGCCACCCUGGUAACCAGCAGUGAUCCUGUGAUGAGGGAUCAGUUCUAUGAUGGCCAUCCUAAGGCAGAAAGAGGGGCAGUAGUUCUACGCCUUGCUCCUAGCUGGUUUAGAAUAGGAUCUCUUGAAAUACUUGAAAGCAAUAAGGAAUUUGAUCUCUUGAGACGUUUGACAGAUUUUGUAAUCAAGCAACACUUUCCUCAAAUUGACAUGAAGGAUAAUGACAGAUAUUUGUCAUUUUUCUCCCAUGUUGUGUCACAAACAGCAUACAUGAUUGCUAGUUGGCAGAGUGUUGGUUUUAGUCAUGGAGUGUGCAAUACAGAUAACUUCAGCCUGCUUUCUAUCACAAUAGACUAUGGACCGUUUGGUUUUUUGGAUGCCUAUGUUCCCAAUUUUGUGCCCAACUCAUCCGAUGAUGAAGGCAUGUAUAGCUAUGACAAGCAGCCCGAUGUUGGCUAUUUUAAUCUUGACAAGCUACGAAUAGCCCUCAUGCCACUUCUUACAACAACCCAAAACAAUCAGAUGAAGGUGAUAUUGCAAGGAUAUGUUGAUAUUUACAAGGAGAACUUUUUGACUUUGUUAAGAAACAAACUUGGACUUGCAGGAGAACAAGAGCAAGAUGAAUUCUUUCUUGCUGUUCUGUUGAAGAUUAUGGAAGAAACAAAAUCUGACUUCACAAUGACUUUUCGAAAUUUAGGUGACUGGAAAGUGAGAGAUAUGAAAAUGUACUCUGUUCCAGAUGAUUUAUGGGCACUUCAUCAGUUAGAAAAUCACAAGUAUUUCAAGCAGUGGGUGAAAAUGUACGUAGAUAGAAUAGAAUUUGUGCAGAUUCCUGAUGAAAUGAGGAUGAAGAAAAUGAAAAAUACUAACCCUAGGUAUAUUCUCCGAAACUGGAUCGCACAGACUGUUAUAGAACAAGCAGAAAAUGAUUACUUUGAGGGAGUGCGGCAACUAUUGACAAUUUUGCAGAAUCCUUAUGUGGAGAAUGAGUAUGCAGAAAAGAUGGGUUAUGCUUCGCAACCACCAAAAUGGGCAUCUUCAUUGAAAGUUAGUUGCUCUUCUUAGCCAACACAGUUUUAAUGUUAUGCAUUGAAGAAAUUUUUCAUUCCUAUGUUGUAAACAGUAUUAGUUCAUGUGAUUAUGAUAAUUUUAAAAUCAGUUGCAAUUUACCUAGAUUAUUUAAUUAAGCAAGAAUUUAGCACUUUAUCAUAUAUAAAAUUUAUGUGUGUUACUGUGUUUGUGUGCCUUUAUAUUAUAUAUGGAAUAACGUGUGUGUUUGUGUGUGUGUUUAUGAAGCAGUAUGACUGAUACUAGUUCAAGUAUAUCUUGACAAUCCAGUAGAGUAAGAUAAUGUAUAUUAUAUAAUCUCCAUCUUAUACAUAAUUGGUUUAUAUCUGUCUAUCUAUCUAUACUGUAUUGUAGUUUUUAUGUAUUGUAGUUUUUAUGCAAAAUGCUAAAUGUGAUAAUGUAAAGGUUUACAUAUGAAUGUAGGGAUUUGGUUUUGAAAGAAAAAUGACGAAAAACGUGAAUAAUUUAUUACAUGUGUUAUUUAUUGAGGGUAGGGGAUGUACAUAUACAUCUUACCUGUAACAAGUGUUCCAGUAUAUUAUGAAGUGAAAAUAACACAACUAGGCCCUAAGUGUUAAACUACAUUCUGCAUUAUGUAAAGUCAAGGAAGUGGAUAGGAAAUUUCUUUUUUGGUCUAGCCAAGACGUUGGAGAGGUCUCCAAAUUCUUGGCCUAGCCAGUAGUGUUAGCUGAUCUUGAAAUAUCAGUCUAGGUUAAUGGCUGUUAUAUAUAUAUAUAUUAUUCCUCCUUACAUGCAA